AUGUCGAGCGGAGCCGAGCCCCGCCCCGCCGGGAAGGCGGGGAUUAUUGUCCUAUGUGUCCUUGGAGACUGUGGAAACAUUCCCAUAGGGAAAUUCUUAUCUAUCUGCAUGUGUGGCUAUCAUGUACCAGCCUUCACUGAGGGAUGGGAUCCUUUUUGUAUUUUUCCUAUGGCUCACCUCCGCUCCGCCCCCGCUCGCCCCGCCCCGCCCUGCCCCGCCCCGGCGCGGCACGGCUCGGUUCGGAUCGGCCCGCCCCAGCGCGGCUCGGCCCGCCCCAGCGCGGCUCGGCCCGCCCCAGCGCGGCACGCGCGGCACGGCCCGCCCCGGCGCGGCUCGGUUCGCCCCAGCGCGGCACGGCCCGCCCCGGCGCGGCUCGGUUCGCCCCAGCGCGGCACGCAGAGCUGCUCGGUUCGCCCCAGCGCGGCACGGCCCGCCCCGCCCCAGCUCGCCCCGGUUCCGCUCGCCCCGGCCCGGCUCGCCCCGCCCUGCCCCGCCCCGGCGCGGCACGACCCGGUUCAGAUCGGCCCGCCCCAGCACGGCUCGGUUCGCCCCAGCGCGGCACGGCCCGCCCCGCGCGGCUCGGUUCGCCCCAGCGCGGCUCGGCCCGCCCCAGCGCGGCUCGGUUCGCCCCAGCGCGGCACGGCCCGCCCCAGCGCGGCUCGGUUCGCCCCAGCGCGGCACGGCCCGCCCCGGCGCGGCACGACCCGGUUCGGAUCGGCCCGCCCCGGCGCGGCACGACCCGGUUCGGAUCGGCCCGCCCCGGCGCGGCACGACCCGCCCCGGCACGGCUCGGUUCGCCCCAGCGCGGCACGGCCCGCCCCAGCGCGGCUCGGCCCACCCCAGAGCGGCUCGGUUCGCCCCAGCGCGGCACGGCCCGCCCCAGCGCGGUUCGCCCUGCCCCGCCCCGGCUCGGCCCGCCCCAGCGCAGCACGGCCCGCCCCGCCCCAGCUCGCCCCGGUUCCGCUCGUCCCGGCCCGGCUCGCCCCGCCGCGGCACGGCCCGCGCGGCACGGCCCGCCCCAGCGCGGCACGACCCGGUUCGGAUCGGCCCGCCCCAGCACGGCUCGGUUCGCCCCAGCGCGGCACUGUCCGCCCCGGCACGGCACGGCCCGGUUCGGAUCGGCCCGCCCCGGUUCGGAUCGGCCCGCCCCGGCGCGGCUCGGCCCGCCCCGGCGCGGCUCGGCUCGCUCCAGCGCGGCUCGCGCGGCACGGCCCGCCCCAGAGCGGCUCGGUUCGCCCCAGCGCGGCACGGCCCGCCCCAGCGCGGCUCGGCCCGCCCCAGCGCGGCUCGGCCCGCCCCAGAGCGGCUCGGUUCGCCCCAGCGCAGCACGGCCCGCCCCGCCCGGCUCGCCCCGCCCUGCCCCGCCCCGGCGCGGCCCGCCCCAGCGCAGCACGGCCCGCCCCGGCGCGGCACGACCCGGUUCAGAUCGGCCCGCCCCAGCACGGCUCGGUUCGCCCCAGCGCGGCUCGGCCCGCCCCAGCGCAGCACGCGCGGCUCGGCUCGCUCCAGCGCAGCACGGCCCGCCCCAGCGCGGCUCGGCCCGCCCCAGAGCGGCUCGCCCUGCCCCGCCCCGGCUCGGCCCGCCCAAGCGCGGCACGGCCCGCCCCGCCCCAGCUCGCCCCGGUUCCGCUCGUCCCGGCCCGGCUCGCCCCGCCGCGGCACGGCCCGGUUCGGAUCGGCCCGCCCCAGCACGGCUCGGUUCGCCCCAGCGCGGCACGGCCCGCGCGGCUCGGCUCGCUCCAGCGCAGCACGGCCCGCCCCAGCGCGGCUCGGCCCGCCCCAGAGCGGCUCGCCCUGCCCCGCCCCGGCUCGGCCCGCCCAAGCGCGGCACGGCCCGCCCCGCCCCAGCUCGCCCCGGUUCCGCUCGUCCCGGCCCGGCUCGCCCCGCCGCGGCACGGCCCGGUUCGGAUCGGCCCGCCCCAGCACGGCUCGGUUCGCCCCAGCGCGGCACGGCCCGCCCCGAGCGGCUCGGUUCGCCCCAGCGCGGCACGGCCCGCCCCAGCGCGGCUCGCCCUGCCCCGCCCCGGCUCGGCCCGCCCCAGCGCAGCACGGCCCGCCCCGCCCCAGCUCGCCCCGGUUCCGCUCGUCCCGGCCCGGCUCGCCCCGCCGCGGCACGGCCCGGUUCGGAUCGGCCCGCCCCGGCACAGCUCGGUUCGCCCCGGCGCGGCACGCUCGCCCCGGUUCCGCUCGCCCCGGCCCGGCUCGCCCCGCCCUGCCCCGCCCCAGCGCAGCACGGCCCGCCCCAGCGCAGCUCGCCCUGCCCGGCCCCGGCCCCGGCUCGGCCCGCCCCAGCGCGGCAUGGCCCGGCUCGCCUGCCCCAGCUCGCCCAGGUUCCGCUCACUCUGGCUCACCCCGCCCCGCCCCGCAGGGUUCGCCCAGGCUCGCCCUGCCUCGCCCAGGCCCGGCCAGGCUGGGCUGGGCUCGCCCUGCAAUAAAGGCCAGGGGAUUAUUGUCCUAUGUGUUCUUGGAGACUAA